GUCUUAACUAGGAGAGGACUACAGUGUGGCCUCUUCUGAUGUGGUUCUGCUGGAAGGAGAAAGCAGCAAGGCCGUCCCUAUUCUUAUAAUCAAUGAUGUGGUGCCUGAGCUUGAGGAAACCUUUCGAAUUGAGCUUCUCGACCAGACCACCGGGGGCGUUCUCCUGGGAGGGCUCACACAGGCAGUCAUUACCAUCCUGCCCUCAGAUGAUCCGUAUGGAUCUUUUGUUUUUCAGGCUGUGCCUGUCACAAUAGAGGAACCAGCGAUGAAUGCUUUUGAGGUCUCUCUACCCAUAGUAAGAAACGCAGGGACUAUAGGUGAUGUGGUUGUCCAAUGGAGAGCCACUGUCAACGGUAGACCUGCUACUGGUGACCUUCGACCUGCGUCUGGUGAAGUCAGAUUUGCUCCUGGAGAAACCGUAAAGACACUGAAAGUAGAGGUCUUGGCUGAUGAUGUGCCUGAAAUUGAAGAGGUUAUAAAAGUUGAACUCAUAAAUGCUUCCAAUGGUGGGAACAUUGGGGCUGAGAAAGUGGUUGAUAUCAUUGUUCCUGCCAAUGACAACCCACAUGGAACUGUGUACUUUGAGCAAGCCAUAUACCGUGUGCAGGAACCACUGGAAGAGGUCUAUAUUGCCAACAUCACAGUUAGAAGGAGUGGUGGUACGUUAGGCUUGCUGGAGAUCCUUUACAGCACCUCUGAGAUAGAUGUUGUAAGCAAUGCUUUGAAGGAUGGCCGGAACCUUUUGCUUUACUACGAUUCUCCAUUGUCCGGAGCUCUUUCUACUGCCCUCAGCAGACCCUUUAACGUUACCUCAGCCACAAACGUCUUGAACUUCUGUGCAGCGUUCUGUCUUCGAGAGCGAGCUUGUCAAGCUUUCAGCUACACCAGUGCCCCCAGAGCAAGUUGCUUCUGGGUAACAUCUGGGACCAGCCAGUUGAGCUCUGCCCCACAAACCGUCACGUAUUUAAAAAAUACCACAGCUGCCACUUCACUGUUUAGCUCACAGGCUGUUGCAGGGAGUGACUACAUAACCAUGACCGCCCAAACAGCAAUCAUGCUUGACAGGUCAGGGAUGGCUAACCUCACUGUAACAAUCUUGACUGACUCUUUACCAGAGGUAGAUGAGAGUUUCUUGAUUAAGAUCCUGAGCGUUAACUUGAUCAACAUGACCACAGCUACCAAAAACUUGCCAGCAUUACAGCAGCCUGACACAGCUGUGGUAACUAUAGGGAUGAAUGGAGAUGCGUUUGGAAUAUUUCUCCUUUACAGCAUUAGCCCCAAUGCAACUGAAGAUGGAUUGUAUCUGGAGGUGAGAGAGAAUCCAAGAACCUCAGUGUUGUUGGUUAUUGAGCGGAGAGGAGGCAGUAUGGCACAGGUGACAGUUGAGUGGAAGUAUGUUGGGGGCACUGCCACACCCAAUGCUGAUUUCAGUGGAAUGGGGGAGAUAGUUAUCUUUGCAGAGGGUGAUGUGAAGAAGACCCUUGAGAUUGUCAUCACAGAUGACAUGGAACCUGAGGACAAUGAGACCAUACAGAUUGGAUUAGUAAGGACUGAGGGUGGUAGCCGUAUCCUACCAAGUUCGGACACAGUCACCAUCCUUAUCCUUGCAAAUGACAAUGCAGCGGGUGUGGUGGGCUUUCACACAGCCUCGCGAUCCUUUAUUGUCAAAGAGGGCAACAGGAUGAAAUUGAAAAUAAAGAAGAUAUUAAAUGUUGACUGUAACAGGUGAGAGAUUGCCACUGCUGGUGGAGAGAACUGCUCCUGCUAUUGGA